AUGAUUUUAGUGGUUAUACUAAGUGAAUUAAGUGUAACAAUUGAAAAUCAGAUUCUUGCAAGCAAAAAACCAAGUUUAAUAAUAAUAAAGCAAUGCCUCGAACACUACAAGAAACAAAUAGCAAGGGCGGGAGCCCCUGUGAGAAGAAAAAGAAAGCUUGCAGACGUAGAAAUAGAAAAUCUACAAGGAAAAAGAACCAAAACUCAUGAGACCAGGUCAAAAAACACAGCUAGAAAAGCUGCAACAACCUUAACUGAAAGAAUGGAUGAAAACUUAGAACACACUUCAAUACAAGAGUUAGACUCAAAUACUCUGAACACAACACCAACGAACUGA